CUCACCCAAGAAUUCAAGCGUUAAAAAUUGUGUGCACUGCAGCCGACCGCAAUUACAGUAGCGCGUAAGAAAAAGAAACAAAAGUCAUGGCAAUCAUUUCUUCUUUCCGUUCUUUAUGCUUUGCUGAUCCUUAACAGUAGGCCCAAAGUUCAUUUCUAGUUAAACAAACACAUUUUUGUCAAAAUGGCUGUCACAAAAGGAAACCAAAAACCAACCGGUAACAAGUUCUUCAUCGACUUUAGCGGUCCAGCUAACGAUGGUAUCUUGGACGCUUCCGGAUUCAGUCAAUACUUGCAAGAACGUAUCAAGGUUGACAACAAAGCCGGUCAAUUGGGCGAUGUUAUCAAAGUCCAAAAGGAAGGUGAAGGUAAGAUCUGGAUCACAACUACCAUCCCUUUCUCAAAGCGUUACCUCAAAUACUUGACAAAACGUUAUUUGAAACGCUCUCAAUUGCGUGAUUGGUUGCGUGUCGUUGCUACCAGCAAGCAAGGUUUCGAAAUCAAAUUCUUCAACGUUAGCGCUGAUGUUGAUGAAGAUGAUGAGUAAAUGCAAACAAACUUGCUUGACGUAACAUAAGGCCAACGUUUGUUGCUUGUACCAUGUAUACGUAUUCAUCACACCGUUUAUGCUCUCACAAUGGCAUUUUCACAAAACAUUUCCUAUUUCAUAUAGGAUCAAACAAAUU